ACAAGAUAAUUAGUUUACAAAUCGAGACAAGGCACAAGAGAAACCAGAGGAAAUCACGCCCUACACGUGUCAAACCCCAACUAUCAGAACCAAAAUGUGGCGAUUACUCUUCGAAUUCUCUUAUAAACUCACUCUCUUGGGUGAUUCUAUCCCUGUAUUUGCCGACGAGACCAAGGAGAAUCAUCCCCACGCCUUGCCGGAAGUGAAGACCGAGUUGCUCAUGGCGAUCGAGGCAUGGUUCAUGGACAAUAGCAACGAAGACCAGAGGCUCCCUCAUCAUGGUGACCCGAAAGAACCUGUUUCACCAGAACAUUUGGCAGAAUUGGGAGUGUUGUACUGGCACUUGAAUCCAAAUGACUAUGAAAACGAUGAAGAAUUGCGGAGGAUCAGAAAAGAAAGGGGAUACAAUUAUAUGGAUUUACUUGAUCUAUGUCCAGAGAAGGUUGUCAACUAUGAGGAGAAGCUGAGAAACUUCUAUACAGAGCACAUACAUGCUGAUGAAGAGAUUCGUUACUGUUUAGAAGGAAGUGGAUACUUUGAUGUUCGGGCCAAGGAUGAACAUUGGAUUAGAAUUUGGAUCAAGGCAGGUGAUAUGAUCGUUUUGCCUGCAGGAAUCUAUCAUCGUUUCACCCUAGAUACCAGUAACUAUGUCAAGCUUAUGAGAUUAUUUGUGGGAGAGCCAGUGUGGACUGCAUAUAACCGGCCACAGGAAGAUCAUCCUGCCAGGAAGGAGUAUGUUAAGAGUUUUACUGAGAAGGUUGGUGUGGCACUUGAAGCUCAUUAGGGUUCAUGUCUAUUCAUGGUGUUGUAUUUACAAUGUGCUUGUAGUCCUUAUGUACCUAUAUUAAUCAUACAGAUACUUUAUGUAUGUGUGUGCCUUACAAGCUGAAUAUAUCACCAGGUGGGACUGGUGGAUAGAAAUAUAAACCUGUUGCAGUGUAUAGCUACUGUUUGUUUUGGAUUUGAACCUAAUUUGUAUGGGUACAUUUUGGACAUUCUCCAUUCACAGUUGGCUUCUGAUA